GACAUCUGUUUUGCCCUACCCCGGACGACUGGGUUCACGGGCAAGAUGGCAAUGGCGGCGCUCACAGCAGUACGGUGUUCCCGUGGGUUGCUGAAUGGCUUUAAAGUUUCAUUUCAGACCUUGACACAAGCAAAGAAUGGGACAGCUGCAGCUAUCAGGUCAGACCUCUUGCGCCAUUCAAGAUGUUAUUCUGUCGCUCAUCUCUCGGUUCAAGAGCGCAUCGAAAAGAAACGAAGCGCAGCGCUUGUUGGAGGAGGUCAGAUGAGAAUUGAUGCACAACACAAAAGGGGUAAAUUGACAGCAAGAGAGAGAGUUGAACUACUGCUAGAUAAGGACUCUUUCGUCGAAUAUGAUAUGUUUGUCGAACACAGAUGCUCAGAUUUCGGGAUGGAGGCAGAUAACAAUAAGUACCCCGGGGACAGUGUCGUGACGGGACAGGGUAGGAUCAAUGGCAGGCUGGUGUAUGUAUUCAGUCAGGAUUUCACGGUUUUUGGAGGAAGUCUCUCAGGAGCUCAUGCCCAGAAGAUCUGUAAGGUCAUGGACCAGGCGAUGAUGGUGGGGGCCCCUGUGAUCGGCCUCAAUGACUCAGGUGGCGCCCGCAUUCAGGAGGGAGUGGAGUCUCUGGCUGGAUAUGCAGAUAUCUUCCUGAGGAAUGUAAUGGCUUCAGGCGUAGUCCCUCAGAUCUCCCUCAUCAUGGGUCCUUGUGCUGGAGGAGCUGUCUAUUCACCUGCAUUGACCGACUUCACUUUCAUGGUGAAGGACACGUCGUAUCUGUUCAUUACGGGGCCGGAUGUAGUGAAGUCUGUGACCAAUGAGGACGUGACGCAGGAGGAGCUUGGAGGGGCGAAGACUCACACUGCUGUGUCCGGUGUCGCUCACAAGGCCUUUGAGAAUGAUAUCGAUGCACUGCUGAACCUCAGGGAGUUCUUUAACUUCCUCCCAUUGAGCAAUAAGGACGCUUCUCCCGUCAUGGAAUGCCACGACCCCAGUGAUCGUCUUGUCCCUGGCCUUGAUACAGUUGUUCCCUCUGAAACCACUAAAGCCUAUGACAUGCUGGACAUCAUUCAGGCAACUGUGGAUGAAAGGGAAUUUUUUGAAAUCAUGCCAAACUACGCCAAAAACAUUGUUGUGGGGUUUGCCAGGAUGAAUGGACGCACCGUGGGUAUUGUAGGCAACCAGCCUAAGGUGGCCUCAGGCUGUCUGGAUAUCAACUCUUCAGUGAAAGGGGCUCGCUUUGUGCGCUUCUGUGAUGCCUUCAACAUUCCAAUUAUCACCUUUGUGGAUGUGCCUGGAUUUUUGCCAGGCACAUCUCAGGAAUACGGAGGCAUCAUCAGACAUGGAGCAAAACUGCUCUUUGCAUUCGCAGAGGCAACUGUUCCCAAAAUCACCAUCAUCACCAGAAAGGCCUAUGGAGGUGCGUAUGAUGUCAUGAGCUCCAAACAUCUCCGAGGAGACGUGAACUACGCCUGGCCAUCUGCUGAAGUAGCAGUGAUGGGUGCCAAGGGUGCUGUGCAGAUCAUCUUCAGGGGAAAGGCGAACCAGGCGGAGGCUGAAGCCGAAUAUGUGGAGAAGUUUGCCAACCCUUUCCCUGCAGCUGUCAGAGGUUUUGUUGACGACAUCAUUCAGCCCUCAACCACCAGAAAGAGGAUCUGCCGAGACCUGGAGGUCUUGGCCAGUAAGAAGCAAAGCAACCCAUGGAAAAAACAUGCCAACAUUCCCUUGUAAAGCUGUCUGUCUGGUCUAAUUGUUUAUGUGUGUGUGCAGUUUUGUUCUUUUAGAUAAAGUAGGAUUAAGAUCUAUAAUGUUAUACCAGUUAUCCAAAGAUAACUGUGCCUUACCUUCAGAAGAACUUUUCUACACGGUGUUGAAAUUAGGAAAUCUAGUUCGCCCACAGUCCUGUGUAGUGUGACCCUUUGGGUUUAUUGAUUGAGAAUAAACACAACACUAAAAAAAAAA